UUUCAGUUUGAGUGUGUUACUCAGAGAGGUUUUGUAGUUACAAUGGCCCGUACCAAGCAGACCGCCCGUAAAUCCACCGGAGGGAAAGCUCCCCGCAAGCAGUUGGCUACCAAGGCAGCCAGGAAAAGCGCCCCAGCCACCGGCGGAGUCAAGAAACCUCACCGUUACCGGCCCGGCACAGUCGCUCUCCGGGAGAUCCGCCGCUACCAGAAAUCCACCGAGCUGCUCAUCCGCAAGCUGCCUUUCCAGCGCCUGGUCCGGGAGAUCGCUCAGGACUUCAAGACCGACCUGCGCUUCCAGAGCUCAGCCGUCAUGGCUCUGCAGGAGGCCAGCGAGGCUUAUCUGGUCGGUCUCUUUGAGGACACCAACCUGUGCGCCAUCCACGCCAAGAGGGUCACCAUCAUGCCCAAGGACAUCCAGCUGGCCCGCAGGAUCCGAGGCGAGAGGGCUUAGAUCCAACCCGCAGAACCUUCCUCCCCAACAGCACAAAGGCUCUUUUCAGAGCCACCAAA